AUGAUCCAUGUGAUCUACGAUGCACGCUGCCCCGUGUGUGUGCGGACCAUACAACUGGUCUCCUACCGGGAAGAGACGUUGCGGACGGGAGGUCAGUCACCUACCGUGCAGCUUCAUGCUUGGCCAGAGGGCAAAGAAGUGUUCCAAAGGCUGGCAGCCUCCAAGCGGCCGGCCACUCUUGCGCAGAGGGUUUGGGCCCUGCUGCCCACUGGGCUCGUGCUCGGCUCUUGCCAGGAUGACCCGAUGCGCCUCAUCUACGAGAUGGAGUACUUGGCUUUCGUGCGGCUCCCCACCCAAGAGAUCCGUCAGCGUGUCGACAGCGUUGCUGUGCUGCCACUGCAGCAGCUCAAGCAGGCUGUCCCCCAAAGGGGACCGGGGCGAUGGUGGCGGCAUGCCGAAGCUUUCCGCCUAGCAGCUGCUGCUUUGCAGAAGGAGCACAUUGCAGUGCUGGAUGAGUUCCUUCCUGAAGAGACCUGCCGUGCCCUCUCUCGCGGUGCCUUGGCAUCACGGGGCGAGAUGGUGCGGGGAGCCACCGGAGCUGCCGGCAAGGCCCUGGCCAAAGGCAUGGAAGAGCUGCAGAAGGUUCUCAACGAGCCAAGUCGUGGCGAUGUGGUGAAGUUUUCGGAUGAUGGCAACAUGCCAGGAUGCCCAGGUUUCUUGGAGGCGCUUGAUGCCUUGGUUGAAGGACUGCAGGGAUGCCCUGCAGUCGCCGAUCGACUGCAGCAUGUCGACUGGGCCAAUGGAGCGAUGUUCGCCAUCUACCCGGGUGAUUCCUCUCGCUACAUCAAGCAUGUCGAUAACACUCUCGGAACAGACGGAAGGCGGCUUACAGCUGUGCUCUACCUCAACGAAGACUGGAAACCAGAGCACGGCGGAUGCCUUCGAGUAUUUGAGCCGACGAUGCAGAGCUGCCAGGUGAAGUGCGACGUGGAGCCCGUCUGGAACCGCCUGGUUGUAUUUUGGUCCACACAGGAGGUGCCCCAUGAGGUCCUCUCCAGCUUCAAGGACCGGCUGGCGGUCAGUGUCUGGUUCAUCUGCGGUCGUGAGAGCCUCCGGAAUGAGGAGUCCUUCCAGCGUCUCUUCAACCCGCAGAAACUCAGGUGUAUCGGCCAGCGCAACCGACGCGCAUGUUUGUUGCGAGCCGCAGAGACCGAAGGCGAAAGGGCCGCUCUGCAGGAGCUUCCGCUGGAGGCGACGUUCUCCCCUGCGAAGCUGUCAAUCCUCAGUCGCCGCUUCCGAUGGCGACGGGAGGAGGACGUGGAGCGGGAGCGGGACACGCUUCAAGACGUCGCAAUCCGCAAUGCUGUGGCAAAGGCGCUGACAGGCCAGCAUCCUGCAGCAGCCUUCGCCGUAACGGCAGAGGCAGCACAUCCCAAGCUGCGUGCGGAGCCUGUGCGAAGUGGUGAGCCGUUGCACUUCGAGCUGGUCGAAGACAGCGGCUCGCAGCCCUCCAAGCCCUUUACGCACUUGUCUGCCCGCAGGAUCCCAGUCACCUUCGGCAUCGUGGACUAA